CCUCUUAAAAACAGCUGAUAUAGCACACACAUUUUUCACUCCAUUUUUUUUUUAUCAACAAAUAAUAAAGUUAUUGUUAAUUAAUUAUUAUAAACAACAAUAAAUGAUUGUCAUUUAAAAAAUUUCUAAAAUAAUAUUUUAUCAUUCGAAAAAUGGCUUGGUUAGUUCGCAACAUUGCUGAGAUAGCAAAAUUUCCAUUGAGAGAAACAAGACGAUUUAUUCACGUUGCAGCCAAAAAUCAUCAAUUGGCUUCUGAGUCACAAGAUGAUGAUCUCCCAAUAACUUUGGAAGAAAAUCCCUUCAAAAAACCAAGAAAAAUUUGUGUAUUAUGUAAAUAUAAUGUCGAGCCAAAUUAUAAAAACACCAGGCUAUUAUCACAAUUUCAAAGUUCAUAUACAGGACGUAUUUAUGGACGUCAUAUAACUGGUCUAUGUAAAGCAAAACAAGAACGUGUUGAACGUGAAAUAUUAAAAGCACAAAAUUGUGGAUUAAUGGCUGUUUAUAAUAAAAAUCCAAAGUGGAUGCAUGAUCCAAAAUUAUUUGAUCCAGAUCAUCCAUUUAGAUACCACAAAUAUUAAAAAAAAAUUAUCAAUAAUAAUACUAAAUAAUUAUUUGUUUUUUUAAUAACAAUGGUAAACAAUAAAUUCAAAUAAAACAAAUU